AUGACAGACGACCUUGCGAGUAAAGGGCACACUACAACACCUCCAAACAACCCGCCCGCCCCACUAAGUGGUCUGGCGACCACCGGCAGUGUGCAGCAAAGCGUCGAGCCCCCGCCUAGCCGCCGCCUCAUUAGCAUACUAACGCGCCGUGUUCUCCUCGCGGACGCCGGCAGGCCGCGUCGCUACGAUUGCUCUCCUCGCGGAGCUUUCUCACUUUAUUCGCCUUUCUGUGCGAAGCAAGUCGUCCGUGCCGGAUCGCGCCGGCUCUCGAUCGGUCGCGAGGCAGAGCGCGCGCCGCCAACGGGGACUCCAAACGCCGGCAGCGGCCGUGUUUUGCGCAACGCGGGGAGAGGAAGAGGAGGAGGAAGGCGCGCCGAGCACAUGGCCGGCCACGUGCGCAUGCGCGGCAGGAGGGGACGUUGGCGCUGGCGGCUGUUGUGGCGGCGACGGAUGUGCACCUUGAGAGCGGCGCUGCAGCGUGGGCGGCGUCUCCCGGUGACUCCAGAGGACGCGGCGGCGGCGGAAGCCACGGGGGCUGUGGGGGCGGAGGCGGUGGCGAGGGCGGAGGCGGCCAAGGCGCCCGCCGGCGUCUGGCUGCUGCUCUGCGGACGCUGCGCGCCUGCCUGUCCCAGGCUGCACGGUGGGCACCUCUUCCCUAACUAA